GUCUCUACUUUAUGCACACGGCUAUCUUUCGUCUUCGACCUGGGCCUUCCGCUGGUGCUGGUGAGGCCAUGGAGAUUCACGACCCAGUCCAGACAGGCGCCAGCAGGUGCAGCACUCUCAGAUGACGAGGAAAGUGUGGAUGAGAAGCAGGCCAGCGGAAUCAGGCGAUGCAGAUGCGCCAACAGAUGGAGCCGCUGCCUGAGGAUGGGAGGCUUGUUUGCAUGA